UGUCUGCUCCUUAAUGGCUUUGCAUAGCCACAUGUGUGGAUUUUCCCAAAGACUCCCUUGACCCUGCUGACUGGGGGCCUGUCAGGCUGUGCCACGUUGGCUUAAAAGUGCCUUUAUAAAGAAGAGGAAGAAAAGGUUGAUCUGUUUUUUGGACAGUGACACUCAUGCUUUGCCAUCUCUGUUGGGCUUGUUAUGGCUGGUUUGAAUGUUUCCAUUGCCGCCUUUCUCUCAGUUGUGGCUAUUUGUGAGGUAGUCAGGCAGGUUUCCAAGAGACUUCUGCCUCUUGGAGUGUACUGUGGUCUUGUCAGAGAACUGGUCAGCUCAUUACAGUUGUGUGCUUGCUGCCUUGAGCUGAGGAUGCUGACGGAGAUUGGUCCCUGGGGUGGUGGCUUUGGCCCAGAUGUGAUUCUGACCCUCCGCUUCAUUCUCUACUUGAUUCAUGGUGUGUCUUUUGAUGGAGCUUCUGCUAACCCCACUGUGUCUCUCCAAGAAUUCCUGGUCAUGGAUUCCUCCUUUGUUGUUACUGCUGUCAAACUUCUGGUCCAGUUUGUGGGAAUGGAAGCAGCUGGGAUUCUCACCACGCACUACUGGUCCUGGGAGCUGACUGACUUCCACCUCAUCCAGAAUCUAAUGGCCCUGGAUUGCAAUUCCUCUAUCCAUACCUCUUUGUACCAUGGCAUCUUUGUGGAAGGCGUCUGCUCUUUCUUUUUCCAUUUGGUGGCUCUCAAGUUCCAGCACAACGAUCCUCUGUACAGAGCGUCCAUCCUGGCAGUGACUGUGACCACCCUGGCUUAUACAGCUGGGCCUUUCACAGGGGCCUUUUUCAACCCCACUCUGGCCUCCAUGGUUACUUUUCACUGCUCUGGGAACAUUCUGCAAGAAUACAUCCAGGUUUACUGGCUGGGACCCCUCACAGGGAUGCUCGCUGCCCUUCUCUUGUACCAGGGGACCAUCCCUAGGCUCUUCCAGAAGAACCUUCUUUACAGCCCGAAGAGCAAAUACCGGACCCCCAAGGGGGGAAGGCUGUGCCUGGGCUCAAACAGACACAAGACAAUGGGGAAGGGCAGCCACAGCUGUGAACCAAGCCCCAGAGCUGAGUGAAGGGUGUGAGAGGAUCCCCCAGCCGCUGCCCAUCUCUCCCUUCCAUUGGGCCCCUCCCACGGCCAGAGUGACAGGAACUGGGACUGAAGACACCUGGCCAUCUGUGAUAUGUGAGCAAGCACUUGCUGGGGGCACCACGGGCUUUUCAUGCCACUGUGUAAGUGUACCAGCUGUUUUGGCCACACGAGAGCAAUCCCUCAGUGCUGGCCCCUGGAGACCUGGCUGUGAAAGCCCCCAGAGAACGUCGCCAGCUACCAUGCACACCACUCUGCUGCUGGUCAUCAGAUCACAGGCUCCAAUACUGUGCCAUAAGUAUGACCUAAAUGGCACAUGCCUUCCACCCAGCGCACACCCCUCCUUCCUGACCUUCCCCAGCCCAUCUCCCCAGGGGGGAAGGAAAUCACCACCACCGUUCUGCUCCCUCAGUGCAGCCAGACAUCCACCCAUCUCGCUCCCCACCGGAAGGGCUGGUGCUGUUGCAGAGUCUCAGGGCUGCGCCCACACAUGUCUGUCCACUCUCUGGCUCAAACCCUGUCAUGUCACCGCCAUUGAAUACAAAUGUUACCUCCCAAAUAGUGGAGCAAGUCCCCACUAGGCAUCUGUCUCUAGUGGCACAUUAAUUUCUUCCCCUGGAACAUCCAUGCUCUGUCCUUUUAAAAAUAGAAAGGCAAAGCAGUGACUGCUCAGUGAAACAGCCCAUUCCAAAGUGUCUUGCAGCAUUUCACAACUGUCCCAUCUGUCCUAGAGGGGCUUGGGUGUCAAAGUUUUUACUGCUUCACUCCAACCUCCAUGGUGAAUCCAGUCCCCAGGCUUAGCCCAGCCCCACAGGGGCUGUCUGUUUCUCCUUUGCCAACAGCGAUACAAGCUGAGCGGGAAAGCUGGCUGUAGUUGCUACCCCUAGAUAAUGGAUUGUACUCUAAGGGGAAAUGCAUCCCAGAGGAGAGACUCACACCCUGUGUUACAGGAUCAGGUGGACCAUGAGCAGCUCCAGCCCAUGGAGAAGAGCUCGGUGUGUGCUGGAGAUGACUGAACUUGCUGUUUUUCUCAGUUAUGGUUUCUCCUGAUUGUUUCUCAGCUCCACAAAGCUGGCAAAGUCUCUGUGGUGCUAAUCAGUGGCCAAAUUGUUACCGAGCAGGAGAGGGGAGGGGCCUUGUUAAUGAAACCAUUAUUUGCAUGUGCCUUAAGAGCUUAUCUGUAAAUCCAGCCCAUCUGCUGACUGCACUGGCUGGCUGGCAAAGUGAGUGUUGGGUCCUGCUCAAGGGGCCCAGGGUGGCCCUGCAGCUGUGCUGUGCUAGGGAACAGAGUGGGUUUGCAAUAUAUGUGAGCCAGUCAUGCUCCUCUAUUGCUGUGCUGUGUGCCAUGGAAGUUGUACAGACUAAUCUGAGGCCCCACUAUGUCUUGUUCCCAAAUGAGGCCCCACUCUGGUUCACUCAGCAUGCUGACUUUGAGCUCUUGUGCCCAGCCUUGCCAGCUGCAUGCAGAACCCAGAAGGGGACAAGGGAAACAAUGAGGUUCUAUGAUCUGAGAGCCCUGUGAUCAAGUGCCCCAAUUGUCAUGCAAUACCUGCCCCUUCACGGGAGAGUCCCUAAUAUUGUGCAGAGCCAAGAACUCUCAAAUGCACAAACUGCAGACAAAACUGUUGUUUCACUUGUGAAUUCCAACCAGUUUUAUUAACUCCUGCAGUGUGCAGGUGAUUCUCUUCUCUGGGGAUCAUGAGACAGUGAUUCUGUAGCAUGGGUUGGGUUUACACGUGCAGCAUCCAGAGGUGAAAGUAAGCCUGUUCAGUCCUGUACAGCUUACCGGCAAAAGCCAGUACGCCAUGCCAGACUGGACCAGCUUCCCCGGCGAUGAUUUAAAGGGCCCAGUGCGCCUGCCACUGCAGGGAGCCCCGGACUCUUUAAAGCGCCACCAGAGCUCUGGAAGUGGAGC